AUGGAAUGGUGCAAUCAAAGCACAUCCGUCAAAUAUUUGUUUAAAUACAUCAACAAAGGAUACGACAGAAUAACUGCUGCAAUUGUCAUGAAUGAAGAUAGAUCUGUUUCGCAACAUGAAGCCGUUGAUGAAAUAAAGCAGAAUAUUGAUUGUAGGUACGUUUCUCCAAGUGAAGCUGCUUGGAGAAUUUAUGGUUUUUCCAUUCAUGGAAGAAAGCCAGCUGUAGAAAGACUUCACUUUCAUGGUGAGGGGCAAAAUUCUGUUUUUUAUACUGAUGUCAGUCCUAUUACCAAAGUCCUUGAUAAACCGAGCGUUACUGAGUCGAUGUUUACUUCUUGGUUUGAAGCAAACAAGAAAUACGACGAAGCGCGCCAACUAACGUAUAGCAAUUUUGUUUCAAAGUUUGUAUACGUUAAGAAAAAGAGAGAGUGGAAACCCAGACAAAAGGGAUACACAAUUGGAAGACUAAUUUGGGUUCCUCCAACUACUGGGGAGUUGUACUAUCUAAGGAUGAUGCUAACACAUGUCAAAGGACCGAAAAGCUAUGAUGAAAUCAAGACAGUAAACAAUGUUAAGUACGAUACUUUCCGUGAUGCAUGUUUUGCUAUGGGAUUUAUUGGGGAUGAUCGAGAAUUCAUAUCUGCAAUAACAGAAGCAUUUCAUUGGGGUUCUGGACAUUAUUUGAGAUUACUUUGUGUUCACAUGUUAUUGUCAAGUAGCAUUAAUAGGCCUAAGCAUCAAAGGAUUGCAAACAACAGAGGUCUGCAACUAACAAAUCAAGAAAUUCUCAAUCUGACGUUGAUUGAAAUUGAAAAACUUCUUCGACGAAGUAGAAAGAGUUUAAGUGAUUUUCCUGGAAUGCCAAAACCACAUGGUUACAUAAUUGAGGAGCUUGGAAAUAAUUUAAUUUACGAAGAGAGAAACUACGAUCCUGCUGGACAACUUCAACAGUUUAAUACGCUGUAUAAUAACCUCACAGAUGAACAAAGAGAUGUAUUCAAACAAAUCUUGACGGCUGUUGAUACCCAGAACGGAGGCGUAUUCUUUUUGUAUGGAUACGGCGGUACAGGCAAAACAUACAUGUGGAGAACAUUAGCUUCCUACAUAAGAUCAAGAAGACAAAUAUGCUUGACAGUUGCCUCUUCAGGUAUUGCAUCCCUUUUGCUCCCCGAUGGUCGAACGACACAUUCUAAAUUUAAAAUUCCGAUUCCCACACUUGAAUCUUCGACAUGCGACAUUAACAAGGGUAGUGACAGGGGUGACAUGCUAAAACUAUCAAAAUUGAUUAUUUGGGAUGAAGCUCCCAUGUGUCACAAAUUUUGUUUUGAAGCUUUGGAUAAAACACUCAGAGAUAUCAUGGGUGGAACCAGGUCAUCUGAUAAAAUAUUUGGUGGGAAGGUAAUUGUGUUUGGUGGGGAUUUCAGACAGAUUCUACCGGUUAUUCCAAGAGGCAGCCGUUCAGAUAUAAUUCAUGCAACUAUCAAUUCAUCAUACAUUUGGGAUCAUUGUAAGGUUUUGAAACUUACAAAAAACAUGAGGCUUCAGCAAUCUGGGACGACCACAUCAGCAUCCGAGUUAGAACGGUUUUCAAAUUGGAUAUUAAAAGUUGGAGAUGGAAAACUAGCAGAACCUAAUGAUGGCUAUGCUGAUAUUGAUAUCCCAGCAGAUAUUUUGAUAUCUAAUUUUGAUGAUCCCCUUCGAGCCAUAUUCGAAAACACUUAUCCAAAUUUUGAAGCUAAAUUCAAUAAUGUAGCUUUUCUGCAGUCAAGGGCAAUAUUGGCUGGAACAAUUGAGACAGUAGAUGAAAUAAAUCACUAUGUAUUAGACAAUCUUCCAGUCACUCCAUUUUCAAGGGAUGAAAAGGAAUACCUAAGCUCUGAUUCAGUCGACACGCAUGAUGGUGAUGGCAAUGAAUGUUUUGAUGUUUUAACUCCUGAGUUUCUGAAUGGAUUGAGAACGUCGGGACUUCCUAAUCAUAGGAUCAGAUUGAAAGUAAAUACUCCAAUCAUGCUGCUCAGGAAUAUUGAUCAAGCAGAAGGCUUAUGCAAUGGAACACGUCUAAUCGUUACAAGAUUGGCUGAUCAUGUUAUCGAAGCUAAAAUCAUUUCAGGCAAGAACAUCGGUGGUAUCAUUUAUAUUGAACGAAUGGACAUUACUCCAACGCAGACGCCAUGGCCAUUCAGGAUGACACGAAGACAGUUUCCUAUAACGGUCUGUUAUGCUAUGACUAUUAAUAAAUCUCAAGGUCAGUCUUUGGAUCAUGUUGGCAUAUAUUUGCCGAGGAGCGUAUUCAGCCAUGGCCAGUUAUAUGUUGCAGUUUCAAGAGUAAAGAGCAGAAAAGGCCUUAAAAUCUUGAUCCAUGAUAAGGAGAAACUUCCAUUGACCACCACAACAAAUGUUGUCUUCAAAGAAGUGUUUGAAAAUGUGUAG